CAGUCUGCUGGAGCCAAAAUGCCCAAGAAAAAGACCGGUGCCAGGAAAAAGGCAGAGAGUCGAAAGGAGCGAGAGAAACAGAGCAGAGCCAACCGGGAUCAGGUUGAUUUGGCUAAACACGCCUGCAACGUAACCAUGGAAUGUGAUAAAUGUCAGAGGUAAGUCACUAUGUUAGCCAGAACAAUCAGGAUGGACUAAAGCAGCGGUGUCCAAAGUGUGGUCCGGGAGCCAUUCUAAAAGUACAAUUUAACAAGCAAAAAACCCCCACAACAAAAAUACAAAACUGCAGAAAUUUGACAAGAAUAGCAUGAAAAUAUUGAGAGAAAAAAGUUUUAAUUUAAUGAGAAAAUACAUAAUUUUCUGAGAAUAACGUUUUAAUAUUAUGAGAACAUUUACAAGCAGCAAGUUGAAAUUGCUGGCAAAUAACAGAAAAAUAGCUGUAAUUCUACAAGAACAAUGUCAGAAUACUCAGAGAAAAGUCGUACUUAGAGGAAAAAAAGGUGCAAUUUUAUGAUAUGAGAAACAAAAUAAAGUUGCCUUUUUUGAAAAAUUUGAUUGGAGAAAAAGUUAUGGGAAUAAAGUCAAAAUAUUACGAGAAGAAAAUUUAUGAAGAUUAUUUAAGAAGAAAUAUUUGGAAAAUCAAAAAAAAAAACCGCAAAAAUGGCUAAAAAAGAGCAAAGAGCGAAGUUCAUACUAAUAAUAUGCGUUUUCACCUACUGUAUAUCACACAGCUGAGGUGCAGUUUUUUUCUUGAAAUAUACAGGUAUAUAACUGCUUAGUAAUGUGGCUCUCGCUGGAAAAAGUUUUGGCACCCCUGGAGUAAAGGCUCCUUCAGACUUGUGGUCCAGUACUCUGGUCAAAAAACAUUGUCACUUUAGUGCGGUUCAGUUAGCGUAUUUAUGUCAGCAGACCAAAUAACGCUCUCAAUUAAGUAUAUGCAUAAAGUCGCGCCUCGGUUGGACUGCAUAUAUGAUGUGUAUAGGCCUGUCGCGAUAAUCAAUAAAUCAAUUUACUGCAUGAUAAAUAAAAAUGAAAUUGAUCAUUUUGCGGCCACUCUACCAAACAGGCUGGAUGACAAGAGGGUUCACUCUCAGCAUCUGUCUCAACACCUGGGCAUGUUUGUUCUACAGCAGAAUGAACGGAGUGAGUGAACCCUCUUGUCAGUCAUUCAGUCUCUUUGUGUGGGGAGAGGCGGGGUGCUAGAGUGUGUGCACUUGUUACCUAUAAUAAUGAAUAAAUAAUAAUAAUACAUUUUAUUUAUAUUGUACUUUACAUAUCAGCAAUCUCAAAGUGCUGCAGAGUGGAAAAAAUGAGGUUUGUAAACAAAGCUAUAGUAUAGUUCUAAAAUCAAAAUUAAAAAUAUAAAAAAAAAAAUGCUUUUUUUAAAAAGAUGUGUUUUUAGGCCUUGUCUAAAAACCUCUACAGCCUGUGGGGCCCUUAAGUGGUCAGGAAGGGCAUUCCACAGCGUUGGAGCCCCACAGGAGUUGAAGGGUGUUUUUGGUUGUAGGCCGGAGGGUACAUAAGGAAGUCUGGGGGGUGAGGAGAAGGUAUUGGUGUCACUGAUGGGCGAGGACGGAGACCCUGUAUUCUAAUCUAAGUGGGACGGGAAGCCAGUGAAGAGAUUUCAGAAUGGGAAUGAUGUGAUCAUGUUUGCUGUGUUUGUCGUGUGCUACACCAGUGACCCCAACCCCCGGGCCGUGGGUCAUUUGGUACCGGGCCGCACAGAAAGAAAAAAUAUUUUCCAUAAUUCUUUUUUUUUGGUGUUUUAUUUUGAAAAGUGACCGGAUUCUCUCUGUUACAUCCGUCUCACUUGACGCAUGUCCAUUGUGCGUGUGCUAACUUUAUCUCAUGCCGCACAGAUAGACUACUACUGUAUUUUUACCAUUUUUCUUUCACCUCAUAUUUGGUCUCAAAUGCUGAUACUAUGUCGGAAUGCAUAAAGGUUGAUGACUUCUUGAGUGCUAAUGUGCACAUUUGUCUCAAGUUAAUUCAUGCUAGCACACUGCCUUUUACCACACACGUCAAACAGCCAUGUAAUAAUCUCUCUGGAAAAACUUGCUGGAACUUGAACUGGUGGAUGGUGGGUCGGCAUUCAAUUUGUGCUUUUAAUUUGAUGUUAUUCAUGUCUUAGUUUUACACAAUACAUGUGAUUGUACGAUAUGAUUUUUAUUUAAGGACAAUUUUUGCUAAAAGACAAGAGUACAUUUUAUUUUCAUUGGGGUGUUUUUGUUUUUGGGCCGCACGGUGAAUGAGUGGUUAGCAUGUUGGCUACACAGUCAGGAGAUCAGGAAGAUCUGGGUUCAAAUCUCCUUUGGGCAUUUCUGUGUGGAGUUUGCAUGUUCUCCCCGUGCGUGGGUUUUCUCCGGCUACUCCAGUUUCCUUCCACAUUCCAAAAACAUGCAUGUUAGGUUAAUUGGAGACUCUAAAUUGUCCAUAGGUAUGAAUGUGAGUGUGAAUGGUUGUUUGUCUAUAUGUGCCCUGCGAUUGGCUGUCGACCAGUCCAGGGUGUACCGCGCCUUUCGCCCGAAGUCAGCUGGGAUAGGCUCCAGCAUACCCGCUACCCUAGUGAGGAUAAGCGGCAUAGAAAAUGGAUAGAUUAAUGGAUUGAUUUUUUUUUUGUUUAAUUUAUGUUAUUGACAUUCAAUUACAAUGUUAAAUAAUCUUGCGAAAUAAAAAAAUGUACUUGCAUUACUAUGCCAUAUAUUAUCAUUACAUUAAUGAAAAAAUGGUCUCAAAAUAAUGUUGACAAUAAUAUAGUUUAUUGGCAAUAAUUUGUACAACAAUUAUCGUCCAUAAAAAUUUGUUAUCGUGACAGGCCUAGACAUGUACAUUGUCUGACGAAGCGCUCGCCUCCAAAACCACAAGACGUCUUCCGCGUCAGUUUUUACCAGCCGAGAUGUAAUGAAGAGGAUGUACAGUAAAUUGCAUUAAGACAUCAAAAACAGACUUGAUCAAACGAACCAUGCUCCCAGAGGAAAUGGACUAGAGUCUGUUGUAACUGGAGCAGACAUGACAAGUGUGAACACACCCUAAAAGUUAACUAACCAUGUUUUCUCUUUCAAUGCCUCCUAAUAGAAAACAAAAGAACAGAGCUUUCUGCUACUUCUGCAGUUCCGUGCAGAAACUUCCCACAUGUGCGCAAUGUGGUGAGUGGGGCAAAAGUUGCUAAAUGUUGCACUAUUUUUUGUGAUACCAGAAGUGUUCUUGGCUACGUACACACUGCAGGGCAUGAUGCACAAUUCGGAUUUUUUGUUUAAAUAUGAUUUUUUUUUUUUUUUUUAUGUGGUCGUUCACAUUACCAAUUAAAUGCAAUUUCUCAAUGUCAACGCAAAGAGUCUGGUUAGUGACAUGCAUGCACAAAAGCACGGCAUCAUUCGCAUUUCCGUGUGUUUAUAGAAAGGAAAGAUUGCGGCAGUGUGUGCUCUAGUAAUGUGCGAUACCAUUGAUUUAAUUUCCGAUCCGAUACUGGGUCUGAUACUAUGUGAAAAUUCACCUAAUGUGUCUGGUAAAUUUUAAAAAGUACUGUCCAGUAUUUCAAAUCAUAGCAUAAAGAAUAUACUGUAAGACAUCAUAGUAAUUUAUUGAUUUAUUUUAAACACUGAAGUAUAUUGAGGAUGUGGGGUGAUUUACAAUAUAGCCAAUCUAAUAUACAACAUCAGGACACAAUCAUAUAGCUGCCGUAUCAAAAGUAUCACUAUUUUGAUUUCAGAAUCAACUUUAGAACAUGAAGGAGCUGGUAUCGACAUUACAGUAUUGCUAGCGUGCUGUCCUUAAAGCGUUUGUGGCAAUUUUAAGAAUUUUGGGCAACGGGAAUCAAUAUUUUCUCAACCAAAUGAUUCCGUGUAGGAGAUUAAGAAGAAAGACGGCAAGAAUUUUGGCUAUGGCAGUUUGUAGACAACUUGCUGCUGUAUCAGUUCCGAGGCGCAUGCGGGGGCAGGAGUGGAGCGACGUUACCAAGAGCUGCUUCGCUAACACCUUUUACAGUAAUUUUUGGAUGAGAAGAAGAGGGAGUACCUUUAUCCAAGUUUUGCACGAUAAACCACACUUUUCGAUGACCGCCUACAUCGGUAAAACCAAGUGCAUGAAGACGUCAGACUGUGUUGUCAAGCACCCUGGCAUCCACAGCACUGGAAUGGGCAUGGUGGGGGCGGUGUGCGACUUCUGUGAAGCCUGGGUGUGCCACAGCAGGAAAUGUUUGAGCACUCAUGCCUGCAUGUGUCCUCUGACUGAAGCCGACUGCAUUGAGUGUGAACGCAGCGUUUGGGACCACGGUGGGCGUAUUUUCCGCUGUUCCUUCUGUCAAAACUUCUUAUGUGAGGAUGAUCAAUUUGAGCACCAGGCAAGCUGCCAAGUCCUUCAGGCAGAAACAUUCAAAUGUGUUUCCUGCAAUAGACUGGGCCAACACUCGUGCCUACGCUGUAAGGCCUGUUACUGCGAAGACCACGUCAAGAGUAAGGUCUUCAAGCAGGAGAAGGGCAAGGCUCCUCCGUGUCCAAAAUGUGGCCAUGAGACCCAAGAGACCAAAGACCUCAGCAUGUCCACUCGCACGUUGAAAUUCGGACGCCAGGCUGGCGCUGACGAGGAUGACGACGACGACUACGGCGCAUCAGGCUACGACGCAUACUGGAAAAAUGUUGCGUCAGGAGGCGGAGGACACCAAGCGGACGACUACGACGACGACUAUGAGGAAGAUGAUUACGAUGAAGAUGAUGAUGAUGAGGAGGAGGAGGAAGAGGAGGAGGAGGAUGAUGAAGAAGAGGAGGAGGCCAUAGAAGGAAUGGCUGCUCUUAAAUUAGAUGGAAAUCCUGCCUGAUGUGGCAGGUGGCUUUUUUUUUUGGCUUGACAACUUUUUUCUCACUUGUUUAUACUGUCAAAUAUCAUGUGUGAAACUGUUGCCAAACACACAAUAAAUAAAUAAAUGAAUAAAAUUA